AUGUUUGCGGUUGAAGAUAGGCCCCUGGAGAGGCUCUUCCGAAAUUGGCCAAUCACCGACAGGCAGAAGGUCACCAUUUGCCUGAAGCUGAUGCGUGCCACCCAGUACAAUAACCGUGUUCUGAUUCGGAGAUGCACGCGGUCUCUGCCAGCCCUCGCCCAGUUCUUCGAUUCCGAAGGCGAGUUCAAUCCCAAUUACGCGGCGUCUCACAAGUAUUUGCAGGACACCUGCAGCGACAUAUUGCACGCUGAGAUCAGCGACUUCUUUGCCGAGAAGAUCCUCGCCCCUCUAAACUUCGCGAUCUCUUCAGGCUUUGGCCCCCCAGACCAGGAGCCCACACCUGGCCCCGACGGCGCUGGAUAUGCCGCGUGGAAGGCGGGGAGCGAGUUGCGCCACGAGCGCCUGUUCUCCCUCCAGUCAGAUUUGCUGGGCUGCAUUGAGAUGAAGGAGGGGUUUAACAACACAUACACUGCAUUCAUUCCCAAGGACGGUUAUCAGGGAGCGGGGCUUUUCCUGCUGGCUAUUGCGGCUGCCUUCCCGUCGCUAGACCACGAUUGGAUCUUCGACUGCUCGUCGGAGCUAGGCGCGCCGAGAUAUCCCCUGCUUGCCAUCAGCGAACUAUAUAAGAAUGUGGCCACAGAGGUCGCUAUCCGAGGGCAAGUUUUCGAUGUCGCCUGCAUCCCACCUAUGAGCGGGGUGAUAUUCGCCCUCUGCGCUGAUCCUUUGGUCCGUCAUCUGGAAGAGGCCCUGGGACCACAUCCAGGCAGGCCGUUCGCGUUUGCCGACGACGUUGGCGCGCUCUCCCAGGACCUACUGGCGCCCGCACCGUCCAUCACCCGCCCCAUGGCGGAGGCGGCCUGGGCUACUGGUCUUCUGAUCAACCCGAAAAAGUGCAUCAUUGUUUUUCCUGGUGGCCCGACCAAGGACGAGAUUCUUCAUGUGUUCCAGGGUGUCGGGCUGAACGCCUCGCCGUUCCAAGUCCCCCUCGAGGUGGCCCAGUCGGCCACCGACUUGGGCUGCGACAGCUCCCUAAGCCCCCUGCGCCCCCUGCACUACACCCCGCGGUUCGUCCACCCCGCACAUCGUUUGCAGAAAGGUUUUUGCUUGCCUGCUGAGGAGUACCUCGAGCACCGCCUCCGCGUCGUGCGCGAGGAGCUCGCGGUGGCGCGGGGGCAGCUGUCGGAGUUGCUGCGGGCCGCGGCUGGGCUCGCGGCCGGGCCGGGCGUCGAACGCGAGGCAGAUGGAGCGGAGGAGCUCACGUGCGCGGAGCGCGCCGCCCUCAACGCGCUGGUCCGCCGCCACUUGCAGGAGGAGGGCCUGGCAUUUGCGGCCGCGGCCAUGGAAGGCGGGCCCGCGCUCGGCGCAGAGGGCGUGCCCCUGGAGGGCGUCUCGCUGAGGCGGCUGUUCCGGCGCGGCGCGCGCGAGCGCGAUUUGCUGCGCCAGCGGGUGGAGGCCGAGGUGCGGGAGGAGCAGGCGAGCUUGAGGCGAGAGCUCGACGAGCGCGGCCGGCACAUUGCGGACCUGGUGCGGGCCGCCGCCGCGCAGGAAAGGCUGGCACGACUCUUCGCGCCUAACCAGGCUGGCUUCCUGUGA